AGGAUGUCACGUUUCAUUGGUAAAAUGGAUACAGUUGAAAAGAGCGGUGGUGAAUGUGAAAUCGACGGAUAAUGCGUGUUUUGGAUGGGCAAUGACUGCUGCUCUUCAUCCGGUAGACCGAUACAGCGAUCGCACAUCUUCUUACCCGCAUUAUUCGACGAUAUUCGACUUCCGAGGCAUCAACUUCCCUAUGACGUUGGACCAGAUUGGGAGAUUUGAAAAGAUGAAUAAUCUCUCAAUCAACGUCUAUAGCGAGAACAAGGAAGUCAUUUUACCGGUCCGCGUGAGCAAGGAGAAAAAAGAGCGCCACAUCAACUUGCUGUACAUUGAAGACGUGUCGGGAUGUGGAAUUGGACACUUUGCGUGGAUCAAGAAUUUAUCCCGACUAGUCAACUCUCAACUUAAUACUGAUGGGCACAAGAAAUAUAUCUGUGAUCGAUGCCUGCAUUACUUUUCAACCAUCGAAAAGCUACAGUCUCAUGAGGUUGAUUGCGGCGUACUCAACGAUUGUGCUGUUCGACUACCGGGCGAAAACGACAAAUGGCUGGAAUUCACGAACGACAAUCGUAAGGAGCGUCUCCCGUUCGUGGUAUAUGCCGACCUCGAAUGUAUCCUGGAGAAGACCAACGCUGAUGAGAGGGAGAAAAAUAAGAGCCAACAUCAUCGUGUCUUCAGCGUUGGAUAUUAUGUCAAGUGCUCCUACGACGAUUCGCUGUCGGGAUACCACGAACGAAGGGGUGAGGAUUGUGUGGAAUGUUAUCUUCGCUGUAAAAAUAAUACAGUUUGUCAGGGCACGGCAAAGUUAGUGAACGGUUUUAUAGAAGAUGGACACCCUCAUUCACAAUUCUGCAUGCCUGACGAAAUUAUUGAGCACAUUUUUCGCUUUAAAACAGCGUUAUCUGAAGCAUUAGAACACCAUUGGUACCAACUGAAGGACCUCUAUGAUUCGUAUGCGAUUGUUCAUGCAGAAGCCGCCCGAUACGUUUCGUUUCGUGCCAUACGGUCAUUUAUGCAACAGUGCAGGAAGAAAAAUUAUCCCCCCAACCCUCGGACGAUUCAAGAAUUUGUGGACCGACUCACUGAUCCGCAGUUCGCGAGAAUUUUGGAAUAUAUCAAUGGUCGGCUCACGGUGCGUUCUGUAACGGACGACAACGGUGCGCAGCAUGCAAUCCUGUAUGACGAAGACUUCGUGCGGCGAGAAAUGAGCGAAGUUACGAAGCUCCUCAUUGAUGCCACCUUUUGCACUAGACCCAGGAUCGAAGGGGUUUAUCAAUUGAUGACAAUCAUGGGAAUUAAACUUAAUCACGGCUUUCCCUUCAUAUGGGUCUUGAUGACAAGGAAAACUCAAGGCGCCUAUGAGUCAUGCCUGCGUUAUAUCAGAGAGCACGUCCUGCAGGCGCAUAUUAUACUUAUGAUGAGUGAUUUUGAACGCGCAUUACGCAAUGCCGUUCUACAAGUAUACCCAAUGGCUCACAGUACGGGUUGUAAUACCCAUUACGAUCGGGCGAUAUACAGAAAAGCCAAGGUCCUUCAACUCGCCAACGUUCUUCGGACAAAUGACGUAGCGAAAACUUUUUUCAAAAAAGUUUUAGCUCUGGCGUACUUGCCGGCAGAACUAAUAACUACGAAGUUCCGGGAACUACGCAAUAAUUUGCCAGGAAUACUGAAGACGCAAUUCCGCACAUUUUGCAAUUAUUAUGAUCGAUAUUGGAUCCGAACGGUCAGGCCAGAGGGGUUCAGUGUAUACGGGUUGAGCCGUAGAACGAACAAUAUAAUCGAGUCCUACCACAGCCGGCUUCAACAUCAUUUAGAAAGACGCCCUGGACCAUGGGAUUUUUUAUGCAAAAUACUAAAAUUGCAGUCAAAAAUUCAAACCGAUAUUGCACGAUUAAAAAAUAAUGUGAACAUCGGCCGCCAUGCGAGAUAUUCAACUGUUUUUAAACAAAACAAACUCACAAAAGCAUGGCGUCAAUUACAUAUGCUCGAGAUCACAGUUGAGGAGUUCAUGGAUAAAGCUGCUUCUUUAAAGGGAAACAUCGAUUUUCGUAUGGCACAACAGUUAACUGAACAGGAGAACGAUGAAAUCCAAGAGCUACAAGAGCCUCCAGCAAUCAGACCAUUAGAUCCAGAUUUCGAACAAGAAAUCUUUGCUGAAGAGCCACCACGAUGGCUCUUGGACAAUGCAGAAAACGGAAAUCAACCGAUUGUGGUAAAUGAGGAAAUCGAAGGAUAUUCUUCGCCCGAUGAGAAUGAACACAACCCGGAUGAUCUGAUAGCCAAUGAUCUGGAAGAGGUUGUUGAAGAAGCUCCCCAGCUCAGAAAUAUUGAAGAUGACCCGGUCGAACUCAUGGCGAAUGAUUUGGAGAAGGUUGUAGAAGAGGCUCCCCAGCCCAGAAAUAUCGAAAAUCAACCAAUCGUGAUAGACGAGGAGUUUGAAGCGUAUUCGACGCCCGGCGAUAAUGAAGAUGACCCGGAUGAACUCAUAGCCGAUGGUUCAGCAGCCAUAGAAGAAGCUCCCCAGCCCAGAAAUAUUGCGGUAGGUGCUAUCCGAAGACAAAGCAAUUCGGUGAUUCGUAAUGAGUUUGUUGUAGGCCCUGCAUCGGAGCCAAAUUCGGCGAGACAAAAAAGAAAUAAGCGUCGGAAAGCGAUGAGAAAAAGAGCGGUGGCACGUCGAUUUGCCGAACGGAGGGAGGAAUUUGCUGAAACACAAGAGCAGGAGGAACGGAGGGAGGAAUCUGCUGAAACACAAGAGCAGGAGGAACGGAGAGAGGAAUCUGCUGAAAUACAAGAGCAGGAGGAACCUCAAGAAGCCGAGAACCGUCGACAUAGCGAGGAGAAUAAUGAUUCGUGCAAGGUGUGCUUAUUGGCGAAAGCGACGCACCUCUACCUGCCCUGUGGGCAUUGCUGUUGUUGUUCCGACUGUGCAGAAGUCUUAUGGAACCAAUUUUUAGAAAGACGGUGUCCAAUAUGUCGGACACGGGCAUCCGAAGCUCCUCGAAGAAUAUUCCAACCGUCAGAAUUUUGAAAAAAAUGAAUAAAUAAAUGAAAAAAAUAUAUCUACAUAAUAUUUCUACAUAGAAGGAAAUUAUAUUACAAGUAA